AUGGUUUGGCUUCUCGACGAUGUCUACGACACGAAACACCGGGCCUACAUGAUGCGCGAGAAGGAGAUGGCAGGACUACUCCCGUGGAUUCAGUUGGUCAGCCGGUCCACGCCGAAUCUGAACGCUUCACUGGUGUCCGCUCUUGCUGAUCGGUGGAGGCCGGAGACGCACGGUUUCCAUCUUCAGACUGGGGAUAUGACCGUGACGCUCGAGGAUGUCUCGUUGAUCACCGGUCUUGCUAUCGACGGGAGGCCUCUCUGUAUGAGCACCGAUUCUAAUGGGUGGCGCGAGCAGAUGAUUGCUCUUAUCGAUAUGGCUCCUACCGAGGCUGAGGCUGAUGUAGAGGAGGGAGAAGAGAAGAAGAAGAGGGAAAGGAAAGCAGCCGGAGCUGCUUUCACGUGGAUUCAAAAUAACUUUGCGACGUGCCCUGCGGAUGCCACUGAUGAUGUGAUCCAGACACAUGCUCGUGUCUAUAUGUGUUACGUUGUCUCGAGGACUUUGUUUCCUGACUCCACGGGCAAGAACGCUCCAUGGAUGUGUCUGAAGGCGUUGACCGUCUUCAAUAGCAAAUGGAGCUGGGGUUCAGCGACUCUUGCGUACUUGUACCGACAGCUGGACGAUGCGUGUUGCAUGAUCGCAGAUAGUGCAGGCAUUGGUGGUAAUAUGCUUCUACUUUCUGUAUGGAGCUGGGAGCGUCUGCCUGUUGGACGCCCGAAGAGCGUCAGGUUUAAUCCUUGGUAUGAAGAUGAAGAUGACGAAUUACGGCGCCCCACUUGGGCUUACAAGUGGGAUGUGGUUUCCGAGAUGAUGAACGAUGUCAAUCUCAUGUACCAAAAGUACAUUGCCGAGUUGGACACGAGUACGCCUGAGCAGUUUGGUCUGUUCCAGCCUCACCCGCUGGAAUGGGUGGAUACGGACAAAGCACUUCAUAGGUUGGACAGGAGAAGGCAGCGGAAGAUAAAGGACGGGGACAAGCAUCAUGCUUCGUAUGUUACCCGCUUCCAGCUUUGCAUGGAGCAAGCUCGUAGCAGUGCACGCGCCCAGCUUCGUGAGCAUAAUCCACUUGCUUUUUAUAACUACAUACGAUGGCUUCUUGAAAAUACUCGAGUUGAGAUAUGCCUGCCAGCAUAUAAUGAGGAUAUUCUUGAAGAACCCGUAAACUUUGAGGAUCUAUCAAAGGAGAAGUACAACAGAGAUGUCAGGGUAGGGCAAGGAGUCCCUGCUGUUCCGCGCACCGAGAUCAAGAAAGCAGCUGAUGAGAGCCAGUCUAUUCUGGAGAAAACACCGGUUGGAAAAGGCAAUGAUGUUGGUUCACUACGAGCAUUCCUCAAGGGCCAUGAGCUUGAUGAUGACAUGACUUUGGCGGACGCUCAAGCUCGGUCCGCAUAUAUGUUGAAGCCUAGGCAGCCCAUACGCCGGUACACGCCCACCGACUUUGACAACAGAGGCAACCCAAAGGUGGUCGUAGGGACCUCGCGGAUGGCUAGCUUGGAUGAUGAGGCGGAGGCGGAGGCGGAGGAGGAAGUGCAGGAAGAGGAGGCUCGUCCACCCAGGAAGAAGAAGAUUUCCUGCAGGCGUGGCACCAGGAACACGCGCGGAAGGCAUUAG